GAGCGGCGGCGCGAACGGACGCCCCCGCAUCGCUUUUUUUUUUUAUUUCUAUUUUUUUUUUUUUCAGUUUUUUUCUCUUUCUUCCCCCCCACCCCCCCCCCCCCCUCCUUUCUCCCUUUUAAACUUACUUUGACAUCCCGCCCCUCCUCUCUUAAACUGCACCUUUACUUCGCGCGCUCUCCGCUCGGCCGCCGCCGUGGCCGCCCGGCGAUGAACGGCGGGGCCCUGCCGCCGCUGCCCCCCGCCGCCGCCGCCGCCCCCCCCCGCUGCCGCCGCCGUCCCGCCUCCCCCGAGCUGCUGCGCUGCAAGCGCCGCCUGGCCUUCGCCGCUCUGCCGGGCGGCAGCGGGGCGGCGGCGGCGGCCGCCGUGGCCCGGCGGAACGAGCGGGAGCGGAACCGCGUGCGGCUGGUCAACCUGGGCUUCGCCGCCCUCCGCCAGCACGUCCCCCACGGCGCCGCCAGCAAGAAGAUGAGCAAGGUGGAGACCCUCCGCUCCGCCGUCGAGUACAUCCGCGCCUUGCAGCGGCUCCUCGACGAGCACGACGCCGCCGCCGCCUUCCCCGACGGCCGCGGGCGGGCAGCCGUCGGGGAAGGCGGCGGCGGUGGCGGCGGCUACUCCUCCGCUUCGCCCUCCUUCGCCUCCUCCGUGCCCGGCUCGCCGUGCUCCUCCGAGGAGAGCGGCUACGACGCGGCGCUCAGCCCCGACGAGCGGGAGCUGCUGGACUUCACCAGCUGGCUGGGGAGCUGCUGACCCGGCGGGAGCCUCGUUCAGCCGGCAGCACCUCAGCGCCCUCGCCCUCUGCAGCAGCCAGCAUCCCCAUCCCCACCCCACCCCAACCCCCAAAAUACCCCGGCAGGACCCCGCUGGCUGCUUUUCUCGCCGGGCUCACCCGUCGUCUUCGGGCUGUGGAAAGUGCAAUGGUGUAAAUGACCCCCGGGGCUCCGCUUGCCCCCCCCCCCCCCGGAGCUGCCGACGGAGAGGAGGCCCGAGGGACCCCGCUUCCACCCCCCGGCUGCUUUCUGGUGUUGCUUUGGAGGGGUGGAAAAAAAGAAAUGAAAACCACUUGAUGCUUCCUUGUUUCUGGAGGGGGAGGGAAUUUUUUUAUCAUGUCAGAGUCUAUUUUAUAUGUAACUCGAACUGCCUAUGGGAACACUGGUGUAUGAAGACUUAUUUUUGUACAAGAAACCUUAGAGAAAAGGGGUGAGGAGAUGGUUCUAUUUUUAGCAAGUCCUAUUCCCUUGUUCUUGAACACUGCCAGCUAGAAUGUUUUUGGAACAUACACGGUUUAGAUUAAAAAAAAAGCGUUGUGUUUUUUUGGUGUUUUUUUUUGUUUUUUUUUUUUUUUUUCUCCAAACACUUUAGUAAAAGACUGUAAAGUUAUGUUGUGUCUUAACGUGGUGUCCAAGUUUGUCUGGUGUGAAGGUCCACUUCUUUGAAAACUGAAGUUUGUUUUUUUUUUUUUUUAAAGAUGUAUUGAAGGCAUUUUUGUAUGCACUUGCUAGGAUUUCUUAAGUUGUACAUAUGCAGUUUUUAAAAGAGUAUCGUAUUUUAUGU